AUGCUCAAACUCUCCCAGCCGCACCGAUUGAGACCAGAUGAACGUCAGGAUUUCAUCACCAGUCUUGCAACAGAAGAAGGACUUGCUGUUGUUCGACAGAUAGUUGAGACAGAAUUUGCCAAGUCAUAUAGUGUCCUUGGUCUGAUGUUUCACGUUCACGGUGUGCUCUUCCUCAAGCUUAUCACGAAUGACAGAGUUUUGUCAUCCGUUGCGCUCGAGCGCCAAGUGGGAACCAUCUAUAACGUGAUCUAUGGACCAGGUGGCCGUCGUGCUGUUAAGUUCUUUACUCAUGUGGCAGAACAUGUUUUGCGGGUGAGCUCUGAACCAAGCACUGCCAAUGAAAGGUCGUUGAACAAUGACAUGCUUGGGUUUGAGGAAACACUGCUGCUUGUUGCAAAAGCUUUUCUUACAACCAUGACCUUAAACCAGGAGGCUGCAAUCCAAACUGCUUUCAAGCCUAUCGUUGAGAGUCUUUGCAACUGUUACAAUGAGGAAGAUAUCUUCAGCGGCGUUGCUUCUCAUAGCUUGCGGUGGGUUCAUGACAACAUCAUCAAGCUGAAAGACGUAUUGUCCAUGGGAGAGUCGCUCAACCGCUCCCCAGCCAUCUCUUUUCAUCACGAUGCUCAACACAUGCUACCGAAGGCCCAAGAGUUUCAAGUUGACCUACCAGGAGAGCUGUCUGCGGAUGGGCCUCGACACGACAAUGACCACGCCUCCAUCCCAAACAUCCGCCUACUCCCAACGAUAUCCGAGAUCUAUUCUCUCGAGAGAGCUGAGUUUCUCCCAGCGAGAGACCCGGUCUUCGAUACAUUGGAUCAACAUGAGACUGGUAUCCGCCGGCUUCUCGAUACCCAGUUCCGCCUGCUGCGUGAGGAUACCGCCGGCUUGCUCCGCGACUCGAUUCGCGUGAUCUUGAACAACUGGGAUGUCCUCGUCCAUCAGCCAGACUGGCGCUUGAAGCGAAGAAUUCUUCGUAAAAGUGACACUACCCCCGUGCGUAUCUAUCUUGGGGUGAACGUCCGGCAGGUUCGAGCGGGUGGAAAGAAGGGCAUUGAAGUCGAUCUCGAAUUUGACCAGCCUUCAAGACUGAAAUCCAUGAGCCCAGCCCGACGCAAGCAAUAUUGGCAAGCCACCCAAGCCUUGAAAGAGAGCCCAGUGGUUCUUGCUCUAAUCGAUGGCGAGGACCACACGAACGUCUCUGUGACUUUCCUGCAAGUUGCUAAAAGAGAUCUCAAUGUCACCUCUAAUCCACCCGCUUCACGAGAGAAUAUGCCCACACCCGUCAGCGGUCUGGUUGCUAGUGCCACGCGCGCUUCGAUCAGUCUCAGACUGACAAAUAACUUCCACGAAUCAGAGCUCACAAAUGUAUUCAACUUUGCCCGCUUGAAAAACAGCAAAAGGCCGCUUCUGUUGGCCGAGUUUCCAGCUGUGCUUUUGAACUCAUUCGAUGGGGUCUUACAAUGCUUGCAAGCUCAGUAUGCACGCCCAGAGCAUCUGCCGUUUGCAACCUGGAUUGUCCCUCGACCUGAUCGUAAUGCCACAAGACAGAAUGUGUCGAUUGAUACCCUGGAACAAUAUGUUACCGUGCCCCCGCCAGCCUAUCUAGAUAUCCAUAAGUCUCUGGAUCUAUCAUCCCUUUUUGGAGAACCGAUUGCGGAUGAUGGAACUGAUACAAGCCGAAGCAGCGACGACCCUACCCCAUCCUUCUCCCUCCAAGACGAUCCGGUGUGGAUAUCAGAUCAGCUCGCGAACACAACAAGCCUUGAUCAGGGUCAGGCGACGGCAUUAGUCUGGGCCCUCCGCCGCGAAAUCGCACUCAUACAAGGACCGCCUGGAACGGGAAAGUCCUACGUUGGUAUACAGCUUGCCAAGUGCCUGUCAGCAAACCGGGACUUGCUUGACCUUGGCCCGAUAUUGUGUGUAUGUUACACCCCCCACGCACUUGAUCAAUUUUUGCAAGGGCUUCUCGAUGCAGGCAUUACAAGCAUCGUGCGUCUUGGCCCGCGCAGCGCAUUCCCACACUUGGAAGCAUUAUCCAUCGAUAGCUACAAACAGGCUGAUCGAGGGCCGUUCAUCCGCGCUUACAAUAAUGAGCGGCAUUCCCACCAUGACAAAGUGAAGGAAAUUGCAGCGGAACUCGAACAAGUAUGUAGAUCGAUGGAGUCUGGUGGUAUGGAGAUGACGUUGUGGUUCGUUAAGAAACGCUUCCCAUUUGAAGCAGACCGUAUCACAGCUGUCGAUCCCGACCGAAGCGAGGUUGAGGCCUUCAGGCUUUGGACGCAAGGCGAUGAUGCUAGCGUUUGGGUGGAGAUCGAUGGGCCGCGUUCUCCCGAAGAACUCUUGCAGACCGAUGUUUGGACACUCUCGCCGGCAGAACGCAUGCGCUUGUACGACUUUUGGCAUGAGGGAGCACUCGAUGAACUUCGGAAGGCCUUCUCGUCCUUGGUGAAAGCAUACUACAGACGGAAGCAAAGUUUAACAGCCGUAUAUCACGCGGCCGAAGCUCGCAUGCUCCAGGGAUUCCACGUUAUAGGUGUCACGACGACGAUGCUGGCGAAUCUCUCGUCCCAGAUCCGUGGCGUUCAGGCUAAAGUGUUGAUUUGCGAGGAGGCCGGAGAGAUACUCGAAUCUCAUGUCCUGACCGCACUAUUGCCAUCAGUGCAGCAUGCCAUUCUGAUUGGAGACCAUCUUCAACUCCGUCCACGCAUCAGUAACCUCAGGCUCUCUAUGAGUUAUGACCGCGAAGGGGCAAAGUACGGCCUCGAUGAAUCACUGUUCGAGCGACUCGCUAAUAGCCAUUUUGAGGGCAAUGACGACGAGGAAGGGCAGACGGAAGGGCGUCGAUUCCCUGUCACGCAGUUGAGUAUCCAGCGACGCAUGCAUUCCUCGGUUGCUCAUUUAGUUCGCGAAACGCUCUAUCCGAAGUUGCAGGAUCAUCCUUCCACGACUAUAUAUCCUGCUGUUGCAGGACUCAAGAAGAGGCUAUCUUGGCUUGACCAUCGCAAUGCGGAAGAUGACGGCGACCCCUCCGAUCCCAUGCAUAGCAAGACUAAUACAUGGGAAGCCCACAUGGUGACAUCGCUUGUAAGGCAUCUUCUGAGACAAGGAAAGUAUGGUCCUGGCGAGAUUGCUGUUCUGACACCAUACGUCGGACAAUUGAGAUUGCUUAGGGACAUUCUUGAACAAGAAAUGACCCUUAUAAUUGGUGAGAGAGAUGCCGAGGGACUUGGCGAGGCAGAGCGUGCAGAAACGGCCAAUGAUCCUAGCAUUCGGCUCCAGGGACAACGUGUUGUGAGCAAGGGUAGCUUGCUCGACGCUCUGAGACUGUCAACGGUUGACAAUUUCCAGGGCGAGGAGGCAACCGUUGUUAUUGUUUCCCUGGUCCGAAGCAACAGGUUCAGGAAUUGCGGUUUCCUCAAAUCACCGAACCGCAUCAAUGUUCUACUAAGUCGUGCAAAACAUGGCAUGUAUCUCAUUGGCGAUGCAAACACGGCAUCAACAGCGCCGAUGUGGUCGGCUGUCAUUGACCUGUUCGAAAAGAACGAGAAUAUUGGACCUUAUCUCGAGCUCGACUGCGAGCGCCAUCCACACAAUAUGAUGCAGGUCUCGUGUCCCGAUGACUUCUCCAUCAAGUCCCCGGAAGGUGGUUGCGCGGAGACAUGCGGCUUGAGACUAGACUGCGGGCAUACAUGCGUGGUUAAAUGCCACUCAUCCAAACAGCAUAAAGCAGUCAAAUGCCUGCAGAAGUGCUAUAAAAUGAGGCGAUGUGGCCAUCCAUGCGCGAGGAAGUGCUACGAGCCAUGUGGUCCAUGUACCGCAAUUGUCUGCAACGUCAUGCUACCCUGUGGACAUACGAUUGACAGGGUUGAAUGUUCUCGCAUAGCUAAACUAGAUACUGUGCAAUGCACAGCAGAGCUCGUCGUCAAAUUGCCCUGGUGUGAUCACAGCUUCAAGGUGCAAUGCCAUGAGAGGAGGAAACCCUUGAAAUGCUCUCUUCAGUGUGGUCUGGAACUAGCUUGUGGACAUAGCUGUCAGAAGUUAUGCUCCUCCUGUCGGGUCCAGAAGAAGGAAGCGAUCGUCCUUGAUCAUGGUAAAUGCAUCAGUGUCUGUCGCAAGGGCUUCACAAAUUGCACGCAUUCCUGUGAUCGUGUAUGCCAUCCUGCAACGGCAUGCUUACCUUGCCGCCGUCCGUGUGAAGUCCAUUGCAAGCAUAGCCGAUGCCCCAAGACCUGCAAGGAGCCGUGUCCUCCGUGCGCAGAGCUAUGUGACUCUGGCUGCGAGCACCGCGAAGCUUGCAAGCUCCCAUGUGCCGUUCCAUGUGAGAACAAUCCAUGCAAUCGACGUUGCGAAAAGAGGAUGAAGCCGUGUGGACAUCAGUGCCCGGGAAUGUGUGGAGAGCCGUGUCCACCGUCCCAAUUUUGUCAAACCUGUGCUCCACUUGAGGUCCUGCAACAGCAGGUUGACCUUCUGGAGUUCAAGACGUACAAAGAGAUUGACCUGGACACGUCGCCCCUAAUAUUCCUUCCAUGCAAUCACUUCUAUACUGUUGCUUCCUUGGAUGGACUUUUAGGUAUGAAUGAUUACUUCAAUAUUGAUGCGUCUACAGGCGACAUUAUCAGCACCAAGCCUUCUCAUUGGGAGAUGAUGCCCGGGUCAGCGCUGAAGGGCUGUCCAGAGUGCCGCCGCCCGCUCCGAGACAUAAAUCGAUACAGUCGAAUCUUGAAAAGAUUUCUGCUGGACGAGUUCACACGCAAAUUCGUCACUUUUGCCAGUGCACAGCAUGCCGAACUCGCGGACAAGAUUGUUCGCUUCGAGAAGCAAGUCGAAGAUUCACGGACUGAGUUUCUCAAGUAUUGGACCCUCGAGGCUGGUGUCUCAAAAGCCCCCGACCAAGCCAGAGGAGCGGUACAAGCUUAUCGAGCUGCCGGUCUAGCCCUGGUCAAAAGGGUCAAAGAAUUCAUUAAGUCGGUUGCGACCGCGGAACAGCCACUGGGCAAGUUGAACAACAUGCUCGCGUCUGCCAUUUCACGACAAAAUGAAUCCAUGAAUGCAAAGUCCUUCGCUGAUAAAUCCGUCAUACAAACCGGUUUCGGCCUGCGUGGGCAGGUCCUCGCCCUUAGACUCGGCUGGGUCGUACUCCGCGACUGGGACCACAUUUGCAACAAUCGGAACGUGGAUAACCGCAUCCGAAACAAUCUAGUUCAGCUCACAGCCAAUCACAUCAAGUCCCUGAUUGAAAAGUGUCUUUCGCUGAAGCAGACCACCAUGAAGGCCAAUCUUCUUCAAGAACGGGUUGAAGCCGGGAUCUACUUUGCGCUGUUUUCCAUGCUUUCGUUAAGCAACAUGCGAGCGCUCGGCAAGACUGUCGAGAUGGACACCGAGACCAAGACCCGCCAGCGUGCCCAAGAUGACCUGGAGUUCUGUGAGAGAUUGUGCACCAAGUCGCCGAAGCUCUUGGGCUACCUAAUGGAAGACGUCAAAGACGCACAGAGGACCAUCAAUGAGGGGACGUUCUAUGCCCUGGUGACCAGUGAGGAGAAACGCCAGGUGUACAGAGCAAUGGCGGAGCAGUUCGCAGGCACCGGGCACUGGUACUAUUGCCAAAACAAUCACCCAUUCACUAUUGGCGAAUGCGGCAUGCCCAUGGAGGAAGCACGAUGUCCCCAGUGCGAGGCCCCAGUUGGAGGGUUGAACCAUCAACUCGCCGAAGGUGCCCGUCCGGCCGAGGAUAUAGACCAAGAGUUCGGCGAGACAGAGCUCACCGAGCAGGAGAUCAGGGAGGGAAUGAUAAUGGAGGAGCUGAGAGACGAAAUGGUGGCUGCCAGACAGGAAGGGAAUCUGAUCGAGAUGUAA